CAGCCUAUAGCCUACCGGGCGGAGUAAUUCGCGCUGGUAGCCUAUCUAUUGAGUGCAUGUGUGUGUGUGUGUGCGAGUGCGUGCUACGGCUGCUCCUGCUUGUCACUCAUUGUGCCGCGAACACGGGUAGCGACAAGGACCAAAAUUCCGUCCGGUAGCAGAUUGUUGUUCCUUGGGGGAAAAAAACAAAACAAAAAACAACCUGAUAUCUGUUUCAUCCCCUCUUCAGUAGAGACACCUCGCUUGUUUAAAGUGCGUCUUCAAGGAGAAUAUCUGUGACACAUUACAAUGCUUCAAAUAAGGGACCUCAUCUGGGGAUUGCUAUUCAUUGGCUUUGCAGCUGCCAUCCAAGUGCAAAUCACCCCGGCACAAGGAGAGAUCAGCGUGGGAGAGUCCAAAUUUUUCCUCUGUGAAGUGGUGGGAGAUGCUAAAGACAUUGACUGGUUCGCCCCCAGCGGAGAGAAGAUCCUCCCCAACAGGCCAGACAUGUUUGUGAGUCGCAGCGAUGAAACCAUGUCGACCCUCACCAUUUACCACGCCAACGUGGACAGCGCCGGGAUCUACAAGUGUGUGGCAAAGAACGGCGACAAGGAGGCCCAGGCCACAGUCCAAGUCAAGAUCUUUCAAAAGAUCACCUUCCAGGACGCUCCCAGCCCACAGGAGUUCAACGAUGGUGACGAUGCUGAUCUAGUGUGCGAUGUGAUCAGCUCGCCGCCGCCCACCAUCAUUUGGAAGCAUAAGGGCGCCAAGAUCCAGGCUGCCAAAGAUGUGCGAUUCAAGAUCAUGGAUAAUGGCCACCUGCAUAUCCGCGGCAUCAAGAAGACAGAUGAGGGCAUGUACAACUGUGAGGCUCGCGUCAUGGCCAGAGGAGAGAUCGACUUCAGGAUGAUCAAGGUCGUAGUUAACGUUCUUCCCACCAUCCGUCCCAGGCUUUUGGACGUCAACGCCACGGCGGACAUCGGAAGCACGGCUCUGUUGGCCUGCGACGCAGACGGCUUCCCUGAACCCACCGUCACCUGGGCACAUAACAACAUCGUCCUUGAAACGGGCGAUAAGUACAGCCUGAACGAGGACGGCUCGGAAUUGUUAAUAAAAGACGUCAAGAAAGUGGACGAAGGAGAUUACACUUGCAUCGCCAAGAACAAGGCGGGGGAGAAAGCAGAGGAAGUCAGCCUGAACGUGUUCGUGCAACCCAAGAUUACCUACCUGAAUAACCAGACUGCCGCAGAGUUCGACGAGGAGGUCACCCUGACCUGCGAGGCUUCAGGCGACCCCACGCCCACCAUCUCCUGGAGUUUUGAAAACAGGGUGUUCACUGAAGGAGAACAGAGCCUUGAUAGAAACAUCGUGGUACGCAGCCACGCACGGGUGUCCUCUCUCACCUUGAAGAACGUCCAGUUCACAUACGCCGGCCUCUAUCUCUGCUCCGCCAGCAACUCCAUCGGACAGGACGACCAGCUCAUGUACCUGGAAGUCCGCUAUGCUCCAAAGAUCAUGGGUGCCGUGGCGUGGUACACGUGGGAGGGAAACCCGACCAACAUCAGCUGUGAGGUGGAGGCUCACCCCGGAGUCGUGGUUUGGUUCAGAGACGGCCUCCCGCUGCCCCACGCCAACGUCACCAACGUGAAGAUCUACAACACGCCGACCGUCAGCUACCUGGAGGUUAGCCCUUCUCAGAAUGACUUUGGCAGCUACAAUUGCACCGCGGCCAACAUGAUGGGCACCGAGUCCAAGGAGUUCCUUCUUAUCCAAGCAGAGGUGCCAUCAGCCCCAGGAAUUCACAUGGUGGAGCCGUUCUCCAGCACAGCAGUGGUGCAUGUCAGGGAGCCCGAGUCCUUGGGUGGAGUGCCCAUUAUCAAGUACAAAGUGGAGUGGCGUUUGCCCGGCAGGGAGUGGACGAGCAAGGAGCACGAUGCUGACGAAGACUUGACCAAGAUCACCAUCGUUGGCCUGAAGCCGGAGACCAACUACGAGGUCAAGAUGUCGGCCAUGAACGGCAAAGGCGAGGGCGAGAGCAGCAGCGCCUACCCCUUCAAGACCGAGCCAAUCCGGGAACCCAGUGCUCCCAAACUAGAAGGCAAGGCCCAGAACAGGGGCAAUGUGCUUAAGGUCAGCUGGAUCAAGCAGGACGACGGCGGAUCUCCCAUUAAACAUUACCUGGUCAGAUACAAGGCUAAGCACGUUUCCGACUGGAAACCGGAGAUCCGCCUCCCUCGUGACAGCGACUACACGAUGCUGAGCGGCCUGGAGUGGAACACGGACUACGAGGUGCACGUGGUGGCGGAGAACCAGCAGGGGAAGUCGGAGCCGGGCAUUUUCUCCUUCAGAACGGCUGUAGAGCCCACCACCAUCCCAGAUGCAAUUGGCGGGGGUUCGGGCCUGGGCACCGGGGCCAUCGUGGGCAUCCUCAUUGUUGUCUUCUUCCUGCUGCUGGUGGGCGUGGACGUCACCUGCUACUUCCUGAACAAGUGCGGACUCCUCAUGUGCAUCGCUGUGAACUUCUGCGGGAAGGCCGGGCCGGGCGCUAAGAGCAAGGACAUCGAGGAGGGGAAGGCUGCGUUCACGAAAGAUGAGUCUAAGGAGCCCAUUGUUGAGGUGAGAACGGAGGAAGAAAACACCCCCAACCAAACAGGGGGUCCCACUGAGCCCAACGAGACCACACCUUUGACAGGACCUGACGGAAAGACUGUGAAGGACGAUAACACCAAAGGUGAGACGGAGGUGAAGAACGCCACGGCCGAGGUGAAGACAGUUCCCAACGAGGCUCCCCAGACGAACGGCAACGAAAGUAAAGCGUAAUCUCCUCGCCCAAAACAGUGCGAAGAAGAGGGUGGUUGGGUUGGGG